ACGGGUACGAAAUUUCUCUGCCAGGGAUUAGUAAGCCUACAGCAGUGAAAUAUAUAAUGACACAGAUCCAGUAAGCGGUUUCAAUACAUAGCGCAAGAAAAAGCGGCAGAUUAGUUUCUGAAGUGGAAGUACAAAUUGUUUUUUUAAAUGAAAGCCAUCGUACAGAGAGUAAUGAGAGCUACUGUGACUGUCGAAGAUGAAGUUAUUAGUUCCAUUGGUAGAGGUCUUUGUGUUUUAAUUGGAAUAUCCAAAGAUGACACCAAAAGGGAUAUUGAAUACAUAGCUCGUAAAAUUCUGGGCAUACGACUUUUUGAAGAUGAGAGGGGAAAAAGGUGGAACUUAAGUGUGAAAGACAAAGGAUAUGAGAUCCUCUGCAUAAGCCAGUUUACACUUUAUCAUGUCCUGAAGGGUAACAAGUUGGAUUUUCAUAAUGCAAUGGCAACAGAGAAGUCUGAAGCUUUCUAUCAAGAAUUUAUUGGUCUUCUGAGAGCUCAGUAUCAAGCAGAUCUCAUCAAAGAUGGAAAGUUUGGAGCAUACAUGCAGGUGAACAUUCAGAAUGAUGGACCAGUUACAAUCGAGUUGGAGUCUCCACAACAGGAGGAGGCUAGUGAACCUCAAUUUGAUGUAGUGUAACUUCACUCCAAAAUAUGUAAAACCUUGUGUAAAGUAAUAAAUGAUCUGCUUUAUUGUUUCCUUAA